AGGUGCACAUAUUGUUCUGUUUUAUUUAACUUUCUGCUUUUUCAGCAGGCAAAAAUGUUGGUCUAGCAACAUUGGCGACAAUCUUCUGACCUCUUCUGACCAUGCCACCACGCUUCUGACUACUUCUGACUAACGCUUCGUGGUUUUGACAGGUUGUGAAAGCCACGUACGUAACCCUCCCCCCCCAUGCCCGGGAAGCUGUUUUACAGCGACGAAGAAAAGGACCUAGCAACGGAGCUUGUGCGUAAGUACAAGUUCUCAAUAGAAAACAAAAAAUCCGACACCGUGUCGCAGACGAGAAAGAUGGAAGCAUGGGACGCAUUGACUGCCGAAUUCAACAGCGCAGAAAAUGUGCGGCCGCGCACUGUCGCGCAACUACGAAAGCUGUGGGACCACCUGAAGCAGCGGUGGAAGAAAGAAACGGCAAAGCAAAUAAGGGAUGCCAUGGCUACAGGCGAGAUUGUGCUAUAUUAGAGUUUGCCCUUGUGUUCGAGCCGGUGUCUAUCGCAGGAGGUGGGCCGCCGCCGGAACCUGUGGACGAGCGGCUGUCACAGAUCGAGGCUGCAGCUCUGCAUCUUUCGGAACCCAUCAAGAACCCAUACGACAGCGACCGACCACCAUCAACGCAACCUGGCGAUAGCGUGGCUGACAUCAUCGCCGGAAUGACGCAGAGCAACGCGAAGGACAGUGACGACGAUCGUACCCUGGAACUAAGCAGCACUGACUAUUUGUAUGUGGAUUCCGCGAAUGCAAGAUCCCCAUUACCAGCAGACCCUACUGAGGCCUCAUCUGAGCCUGUGCAAUGCAGACAGCAAGCCUCUCAGCAGACUUAAUGCACUACAACACAGUCAGCAUCUCAAGAAACAGUGGUUAGCCAGUGUGCACUUUUGCAGCAGAUGCUAUCCACUGAACUGGAAUCCCAGCUGCAAGCGUUGCAGGACGAAAGAUGCCAAAGAGCCACAGAGCACAAAGCCAGAAUGAAAAUGAUGGAAGAGGAACAUGAAUGGAAGAGACUGCAAUAUACUAACGAGGAGAAGGAAAGAAGUUCUUUGCACAGGAUGCAAUUGCGUCUUCUGAGGGCUAAACUGAAGGUCUCCUCAAUGAGAGCAGAAGUUCUUCACAAGCAGCUGGCUAGUGAUGAGGCAAAGGGUAACUCUCAAUAAACAAGUUGUAACAGUUUUUAGUGUAAUGUUCCAUUGGAGCCAUUACUCAACAAUUACAGAUAGGAAACAAGGCAUACACAUUACAUAAGACGAUGAAUGUUUACAUGUCCUGUAAAAACACACUAGUGCUGUCAUGAAGUAAUAAUUGUCUGUGGUUUGCUCAGUCUAUGUCCCUGUUCUGGUGAGCUGCAGUGCUUGAAAAGCGUCUCUCAAUGAGCCGCCUUCGCAGCUGGUUGCCACGAGGAGUGUCAGCUGGUGCAGGCCCUGGUUCACUUGCAUCCUCUUCUUCAUUGCCAUUCAACCAGAAAUCAUGCAAUUUAGACACCACAUUGUGAAAUGAUGCACAUGCUGUUAUUAUUGCAUGUCCUCUCCUUUUUUGUUUGCAGCUUUGUCUUCAGGCAGCCAAACCGCCUCUUCCAAACUCCAAAUGCUCUCUCUACUGAGUUCCUCGUUUUGAUUUGGCUCUUGUUAUAU